AUGACCCGUGGCGACCAACGUGACCGCGACCGCGCGAAAGCCCAGGCCCGUGCUGCCAAGGCCGGUGGUGCCGGCGGCCGCAAGGACGACCUGACGCCGCUCCAGCGCCGUGAGGCUGACAAGAAGGCGCUCGAGGAGAAGAUUGCCAAGAAGAAGGCGGCGAAAGAAGGUUCCUCGUAG